GCUUCUGUGAUUGGAUGAAAUUUCAGACAGGCUCAGUAGCAACCAAUAUGGCUUCUAAUUUUUGUGUGACUUUUGAAUAUUUUCGAAAACUUGUGACAUAGCAAAUUGAUUACCUGUUACAAUGUUGCAUUGCAUCAUGAGGCCUCCAUUGUCAUGCAAGCAUGUAUAAGACUGAUUAUCAGGGUGGACCCUUUGUUGAGAUUUUCUCUGCCCAAGGUAAAGACCCCACCCAUGGAUGGAAGGUUGCGACCUCGAUUAAGCGAGAAUAUGAGAAAGAUGUUAAAGGAUAUUUAUAUUGUUUGGAGGGAUCCACCACCACGACCAAAAUGCAACUUCCGAAAGCCAACCUUGUACAGAGAUACCUUAUAUUUCAAGUGUUUGUUCCUCGAGGGAAAGAGUUUUCUUUUGAAAUAGGGGUUAUAGAUCAGAAGAAGAACAAGAGAAGGCUGAUGUUUUCCUCUGCUCAGAAAGACCGACACACCACUGAGCUGCAUGCCCGGAUUCCUCUCACCAUUCUCAGGAGACACGUGUGGUUGAACCUGUGUGUGGAUCUGGCAUCUGUCGUCGAGGACACCUGGCGGGGCCAGACAUACCGCUGUAUCGAGUCCAUCUGUGUGUCUGCUAACUGUAAACUACGGCGGAUAUUUACGAUGAAGAAUCAGCCGCACGAUACUUCUGAGGACGAAGAGAUGUAUGGCUAUGAGUCGUGCAACACGGGAGAAUUGGAGCUAAUACCACGGCAGUGCCAGUUUGCCUCCGAUGUGCAGUUUGUGACUCAGAUCCUGAACAUGGGGAAAAUCAAGGAUGCCGAGAGAUUGAAAGGGGGAGAUAACCCAGUCAGAUCAUCAACAGAGAUUGACCUGAAUGCCAGUGGAAGAAGAACAUCACUUAAUGACUCUGGUGGGUACCAUAUUGCCUUUGGAACAAAAGUGCCAGGGGCUCCCACAUCCAGCAAAAACAAGGGGAAUGUAACGAACAGAAGUAAUAGAAGUACGAUAUCCAGAGCUGAGGAUGCUGGUAAUGAUGAGGCAACAGAUCUCUCAGACAGUAUUUUCCGAGAUGGUGGAGGAUUUGAUCCUGGUGGGGGAGGGGACAGGCCCACUGAGACAUCACACCGAGCAGUAUUACACCGACGCCAGCUCUCCGACCCGGCCACACAGCAAGACCUAGAAAUGGCCAGUCGUUUAGGUUAUGAGAAGCCUGACUUGUUGGUUCAACCCCACCCUCCACGGGAACCCUCUACGGACCGACUCCGCAGACGAAUCCGAGUCAAAAAUGGGUCAAGUGGUGCUAACAAAGAUCGGGUAUCGAGUGCAGGAUCCCUGAAAGAUGAGGGUGUAGGUUCAGUCAGUGAAGCCUGUUCAGCUAAGUCCACCAGUUCACAUCAGGGAGGGUCAGACGAUGGCCGACGACUGCGACUGGUGUCCGACACCGAGCUGAUCUGGAAACACAAGGGGGAUAAAGUGAAAUCUCCAGAGAGGGGAGGAGAGGAAGACUUCUCAUCGUCAGGAAUUGAUUCUGGAAUUUCUGUAUCACAGUCCUAUAAAAAAGAGUAUAACCGGGAUGACUAUGAAGGGGACGGGGCUCCGAUGGAAGAAGACUUGAUGAGUGUCAUCAACAUCCUGAACACUAAUUCGGGAGAACAGGUGGAAGAUUUAGGAGAAUACGAGGAGAGUGAGGAGGAACCUGAGUCCGACAGCGAUAUGUUUCUGUUUGUGUCCAAACCCAAACCGUGCCGCCGUGUGUCCCCUAGUCAACUAGAGGCGGGGGAGGAUGCCCAGGUGAAGAGUCCAACCUUUUCUAAAGGAAAACAGCAGAGAGGCCCAAAGCUAGAGAAUGACUUUGUUCACAGUAGUGAUUCAAGUUUUGAGGAGGAGGAGACACAGAGACGAAAAAUCGUGCCUGGUUCUCGCCCCACCAGUGGCUCUUCUAGCCGCCCACACAGUGGUUCCACCACCAGUCGACCACAAAGUGGUACCACAAGCCGACCAACAAGUGGUACCACCAGUCGCCCACAGAGCGGUACGGCCAGUAGACCACAUAGUGGCUCCAACCGUCCUCCUCACAACAUCCCAAGACCCACAAGUGCAAAGACACAGGGAAGUUCUAGUUCUAAAAAUAGCGCUACAAAUCUUCCUAGUAAAAGUGGUCCCAAGCCGCAAAGGAAAGAUAAAAUAGACCUUUCAACGGAACACGUACCAACAUCUGCCGAGAGUCCGGAGCUCCAGAUGAGUUAUCAGCUACCCACUCACCGCACGGAUAAGAUGAACGGAAGUCUGUCCAACAGGAGUAUUUCUAGGAUGAGUCGCAAGUCGGUAAAAGAGAUUCCGAAAGAUGAUGUGCGUCUGUCUGUGAUAAAGUCAUCAGAGAAACCUUAUGAUUAUACCAAAUAUAGUGCAAUCAACUUUAAAAUGGAGGACAUUACAGAUUCUUUUGAGGCGGGGAUGUUCUCUAGCAUGAAACGACAAACUGAGGAAGAUUAUGAGGACAUUUCUGCUAGUGAAUCCCCACGUAAACUGGUUCCCCCCUCCGUAGCAGGUGCUGUCAGCAAUAAAACUCCACCCAAUCCCUCUCCGAGAGAAACGGCUAAUAAUCACAGAAAUCUAUACGACUUCUCUCCAACUCUGACCCUAACCAGUGACGAGGACAGCACCUGGCAGGCUCCACCAACAGAAAUGAAGUUAGGCGUGAGUACUGACACCUUGACGUCUUCCAACCCACGGGACUGGAGCGGUGCUUUUAGUCCACCUAUUGUGUUCCCGGGGGGCCAUCCAUCGGACUCUAUAGAGGAUUUGUCUAGCUGUUCCUUAUCACCACGCAAAAACAUUCCUGCUCAAGAUACAAAGUCACGUGAGCAGACAUAUGCACCAUCUGAUGACCUGGCUGUCGAGGACGAGUUAGACCUGUUGUAUGAUUCCUGUCUGAACUGCUACUACGAUCCCAAGACCCAAAAAUAUUAUGAACUCAUCUGAAGUCUGCUGCUUGAACUGUUACUAAGGUCUACAAACUCAGGUGUUAUGAGUGAAAUCUGUUUUGUGCAGGCACACCUCAGCAUCUUGAUUUGCCGGAGUAUCUUUCAUUGUGGAAUUCGUCUACAUCCGUAUGUACCAGUAUUUAUCUGAGCCAUUAGUGCAAGAGUACAUUUUCAGUAUAUCUGACGUGAAAAUGUUUGUCAGUAAUCAGAAUUGCUUGUCAGAGAACCGGGAUUCACUCCCCCAGACUUGUGUACAAACAAUGUGAUAGGGAUUUACAGUUCUGUGGCAUUAUGAAUAAAGAUCUAGGGGCAGAGCCAGGAUUCACCCCCUAGACUUGUGUACAAACAAUGUGGUAGGAUUUACAGCACUGUGGCAUUAUCAAUAAAGAUCUAGGGACAUGUUCAGAUGUUGUAAUAUUGUGAUAAAAACUUCAUUUUUGAAUGAAGUUUGUUGAUACAUAAACUUACUCUGUUGUAAAUGUGAUCAGUAGAAAUCACACAGAAAAAUAGUCAUACAUUUAAACAUGCACCUCAGUGUAUACCCAGUGUAGUCCAUCCAAUGUGAGACCUAUAGAUUGUACCGUGGCUUCACCUAAAGGCACGGUCCGCAGCAUUAGAUGGUUUCAUUUUGAAUGGCAAAAUUAAAUAAAUUUUGUAUGAGAUUGUCAGAGAGGUAUUUUAAAUAUACAGAAAUUGAAACUCAUAUGAAAUUUGAAAACAAGGACGUCAACACAUUAAAUGUGCAUUGCCUUGUCUUGGUGGUGUAGAUGUUAUAUGGAACUGUGAUGUGUAAAACACUGAGUGAGACGAGGGACGAGGAGCUGUUGUACCAAUAUCUGUGAUCAUCCUUGUUUAUGUAAACGGUUACUGAAAAACCACAACUGUAUUGUCUUCAUGUUUAGUAAUAAACAUUAUGAAUAUGUUUAAA